GCCGGGGACGCGGGGGCCGAGCGUUUGCUCUCCGCGCGCCGGCGGUUUACGGAGCGGCUUUUCGAGGGAGGAGAGGCCGCGGGGAGGCGCCCAGAGCCGCUCCGCCCGCCAGUAGCUUUCGUUUCCCGCCGCGCUUCCCCGCCGCCCGCCCCCAGGCGAGUUUCGAUUACCCGGCGCGGCCAAGGGCGGGGUGGCGCUGAUGGCCUUUGCCGGGCGCCCGCGCGCCCCACCGCUGCUCUGGCUGCUCUCAGGGCGGCUGCGCGCCUGGCGCGGGCUCUGCGCUCUGGCCAUGGCUCGGCCGCGCUGCUUCGCUCUGGAGCUGAGGGACUGCACUUUAGCUCACUUCGCUCUGGGCGCGGAGGGCUCCGAUGCACGGCCUGACCCCCGCCUGGCUGAGCUGCUGGGGCCUCCGGGGCGCAGCUACUCGCUGUGUUUGCCGGCGGCCGCGGACGGCGACUGCGGGGCCCGAGUCCAAGCGGCUCGGGUGCACCAGAACCUGCAGCGCCAGCUGCGCAGUGACCCCUUCCAGCGGUGCCAGCUGCACAGGCUGCUCUGCUACUGCCCAGGCAGCCAGGCCCAAGGCAUGCAGCACGGCUUCCUGCUGCGCGACCCCUCUGACUGCCUGGACACCCGGCGCGCUCUGCUAGAACUGCUGGGCAGAGUCCAGGAGGCUGGGCGUCCGCACCUGGGAGAGUUUGAGGCCGACUCGCAAGGUGUACUGUGGCAGCGAGUCUGGGUACUGCAGGAGAGUGGGCAGCUGCAGGUGGGCUGCGCACGCGUCCUACCCACCUUGGAGCCCCCGCUGCAUCCAGUGGUGCCCCACCUCCUCAGCUCGGUGGUCUUCCGGGACCUGGACACUGCCAGGGCUAUUUUAGAGACGUGUACGUCCUCUAUUCCGGAAGCCCAGGCAGUUCUUGAUGUGGUUGACAAGUGCCCAAGGCAGGUCCAAAGAGGAAAGUUCCCAGUCAUUGCCAUCGAAGGACUGGAUGCCACUGGUAAGACCACGGUGACCCAGGCAGUCUCCAAGUCUCUCAGGGCUGUCCUCUUACACUCACCACCCUCUUGCAUUGGCCAAUGGAGGAAAACCUUUGAUGAUGAACCAACUAUUAUUAAAAGAGCAUUUUACUCUUUGGGCAAUUACAUUGUGGCUUCUGAAAUAGCUAAGGCAUCUGCCAAGUCUCCUGUGAUUGUAGACAGGUUCUGGCACAGCACAGCCACCUAUGGCAUAGCCACUGAGUUGAGUGGGGGUCUGCAGCACCUGCCUCCUGCCCACCACCUCGUAUACCAGUGGCCAGGGGACCUGCUCAAGCCUGACCUUGUCCUGCUGCUCACCGUGAGUCCUGAGGAGAGGGCACAGAGGCUGCGGGACCGGGGCCUGGAGCAGACCAGAGAAGAGGCUGAACUUGAGGCCAACAGCGUAUUUCGUCAGAAUAGAGGCAGUGCCCUGAGCUGCGUCAGGCCCCGUGGGCAGGCCCCGUACCGUGGGGCUACAGCUAAAAGUCCACUGACUGGAGAUCAGACCAUGCCGCUUGUCCUGGCUGUGCCAGGAACAGCACGAGCCUGGGGUGGAGGUGUCCUACCGACGGAUGGAGAAUCCCGGCUGCCUCGAGGUUGACGCCAGCCCCUCGAGAGAGAAGGUCCUGCAGACCGUUUUGGGCCUGAUCCGAAACACUUUUCAGGACUUGUAGGUCUCUGGUCAGGUGCCCCAUCUCAGCAGAGUAGGUGUCGGCCUGGUAGAUCCAGGGCUGCGCUUGACAGGCAGCUCCCACUUCACGUUGCCCAGGUAUAUUGUGUGACAGAAAACGGGAGACUGGGCAUUUUAUUUGACUCCAGCCAUUUAUUUGCCUGAAGGCCCUGACAAGCUUGUGCCUGGUGGGGCUCCACAGGGACUGGCGAUUUCCUUCUGCCAUGUUCUCAGAACAUGUUUUCAACUCCGUCACUGUCAAACUUCUCCAAGAUGGAUCUUAUCCAGAAAGAAUCAGGUGUGCAGAAGCCACCAGGAAGCUCUUCACAGCAGCAGCAGAGAGCCCAGCAGCCCCUUCUGACGAACACCUACGUCCCCACAACCUCACCUGUCAUGACUUUCAGGUCUGGAGGCACUACGUCUCCGUCAGCCAUGCCUUUCCACACAACACACCGGUUCACGGCCAUUCCUACAGAGCUGUUUGUGCUGGGGGACAUUCACAGAGCAGGCAGCAACCUUGUGCCUGAGGCUCCGAGCCCCUUGGAUAGAACCCUGGGUUCACACUCAGCGUUGAACAGGAAGGUGAUGAGCCAAGCUGCUCUCGCUGCAGACACUCCAGCCUUCUGUGCAUUCCUUGUUUCCAUCCCCUUCCCUUCCUUUGAAAUAUGGCUCUGAAUGUAAUGAGCAGUCUGCAAGGAGCUGGUUGCCUUUCACUUAGCCAAUCCAGCAAUUUAUUUAUAUUGAUGUUUACAUUAUGUGUUUCCUCAGUGUAGGAGCUAUGAGUCACUAAUUAAAAUUGGAGUCAAGAAGCUAAAUGCAAUGUUUGUUGUGUAUUUUCAUUACACAAAUUUAAUUUAUCUUUCUCAGUGAGCACAGUGCAUCCUGGAAUGGGUUUUCUUAGUAAAUUAUCUUGCACUUGAAUGUCUUGUGAUUGCACAUGGAAUCAGCUUUGAGAUCUGCUUGGCUACAAGACAGUAGCUGAGGAAAGGGGGACUUAAUAGCUCUGUGGCCUUGGCUGAGUCACGGAACAUCAAUAGUCUGUGUUACUUGAUCUGAAGAGGGACAGACAUUUUUGGUCAGAAAGAGAUGCUUGAACCAGAUGAGGACCUAAAAUUCCUUCCAGUUCUAAGGUAGAUGAAUUUGCAAAUUAUUUCAUCCUGUCUACGAUUUCUUAAGAAAACUUUACCCCCAAAUAAUUAAAUGUAAGGCCUUACCAGUUUUAUCAUAUGACAUCUUUAAUUAUAAUCCAGUUUAGUAGCAACAUCAUGCUAUUUUUCAAAUGAACUAUAGAUAAUCUAUACACAGUGUAUUUAUUCAAAUAGAUUAUACAAUUGGUUUCAAUUGAAAAUAUUCUUAAAGCUGAUGAAUAGAAUUAGUGUUCUUUGCAGUGUAAUAUCCAACUAUAUUUUGAUUUCAUUUACUUUAAACAUUUCAAAAGUUUUUGCUGGAAACCUAGAAAAACAAUUACCUAAUGCUUUGUUUAUAUCUCUUGCAAAUGAAAAAAAUUGCUAUGGUUUUCUCA